AUGGCUCCAGUUAGUGAUGUUGAUGAAAUCAUUGAAACCGAAGUAUGUAAUCGUUUAAUUCGUCUUUCAUGUGCUAAGAUGGUUAAUUCAAAAAGUGAACGGGGUGGUGCAAAGCUGCACCGAAAUUUAUUAAUUCUACAUUUGUUGAGGAGAGCUCGUGAUGAACAGAAAAGGUUUCCGAUGUUCGCAAAUAACUCCGAAUGGAUGGAAGAGCCAAGAUUAGCAGAGAAUUCUAUGAUGAUGUUACAUUCAAAUCCCAUGCCAGCUUUGGAUGCUUAUUCUCCAUCUCAUUAUGUUGAUGUUGAUAACGAAGACGAAAUGGAUGAUAUUGAUUAUGAGAAUGCGGACGAGGAUGCAACUCACCUGCUGGAUUUGUCAAAGAAUCAUGAACCAAUGCAUUUGGUUAGCAACUGUGAUGAUGGCUUGGUGAAGCAGGAGCAAAUUGAAUUUGGCUAUUCAACGCUCCGUCUUGCACCGUUGCAAUAUACAUUUACUGGCUCAGAAAUGUACGGUAUAGAUGAAACAGCAGCACAACAACACAUGUAUACCGACUCCGCAGCCCUUCCUGAUUUAUAUUUCUCGGAAGACAUAAUUUCAUCGCAGUCGGUUAGCCAGAAUGCAAAAGAAAGGGAAGUAGAGGAAUUUGCAACAGAUAAAUCAAAACGAGAUUCUGGAUUUGGUUGUUUAGCAGUUUCUGGUGAUACAGUUGUUCCUCCAGUUUCAGAACCUCUCUCAGAUAACGAAGAAGUUUGUUCAUGUACCGAUGAUGGCGAGACUGAAGAAGGCAGAGAUUCUGGAAAUGACGCGUUAUCUUCAAUGACUUCUCUACACCAUCGAAAGCGUAAAACGUCCGCACUUCGCUUACCGUCUUCAUGCAAUAUAAAAAAAUGUUGUGUUGAAGAUCGUCAGUUGACAGGCCUAAUUUCGGUAUUUAACUCAGGCCUCAGCGUCGUCGCUGAUCAGUUCCUCACACGACCGAAUGUUUCCAGUGUUUCUUCGCUUCAGCAAACUCCGAAGCAGAUUAAUUCAUUUAUACAUAUUACCUGUAAUCCAUUGAUCUGUUAG